GUAAUUCCAGUUUUGCGGGACAAAGGGGAAACUACGCAGUCUCAACUGCCUGGUUGGAUGAAAUCUCACCUUCGCUGACUUUUAAAAGGGAGAUGUUUGCUUAGAAAAUUAUUACAAUAAUUACAUCUAUUAUUGGACUUUUGGUGUUCUUUAGGGAGACUACCAGCGGACGAUCUUCCUUGAGUAAUAACUUAUAAGAAGACAACAUGAGUUUUAUUCCUCUCGUCCUACUUCUGUUUGGUCUGAGCUCAACGAUGGCACAGACUACAGCACCACCUCCAAGCUGUGAGAGCAAGAAUAGCACAAGCUGUCAAGAAUGCUUGUCAGAUGUGAAUUGUCUGUGGUGUAUCCAAACUAAAAAGUGUAUGACAUACCCUGCCAAAACUAUCCUGCCCCCUCAGUCCCUCUGCCCACUGAAUGAAGCUCGCUGGGGCCUUUGCUCAAUGAACUUCCAGAUUUUGAUCAUUACAUUGUCAGUGGCUGGUGCACUCCUCAUCAUUGGCAUUUUGGUGUGUAUCUGCUGUUGCUGCAAGUGUGAGAACAUUGGAUCUGCUCGAUUUGAGAACAGGAUGAACCGGCAGACAGACAAGAUGAAAACAAAACAAGAGGAAAGAAAAGCAGAGUUGAAGAUCAGACAUGAUGAGAUUCGGCAAAAAUAUGGUCUCAGCAGGGCAAGCCCUUAUGCCAGAUUUGAGAAUCCCAACUAAAAUUAUGGGUGCAUUUUUUUAGAUUAAUCCUUUGACAAUAUCACUUCCAUGCCAACAGGAAUUAAAACGGAUAAACAAAACCAACACAACAAAUCAAAAUUGUGAUUUUUACAGUUGCAACUUCUCACAUUUAGUGUUAUAUAUUUAACUCCUUUGCGUGUGUGUGUGUGUGUGUGUGUGUGUGUGCGCGUGUUUUUGUGAUUUACGAGGACAAUUUUGUAAGUUACAAAUUAGUAAUUACAAGGGUAUUAUGCUAUAAAUGUGAUUUAUGAGGACAUUUCUAGUGUCCCCAUAAUUCAAAUCGCUUAAAAAUCAUACUAAACAAUGUUUUAUUGAAAAAGUAAAAAUGCAGAAUGUUUUCUGUGAGGGUUAGGUUUAGGGGUUGUGUUAGGUUUAGAGGAUAGAAUCUAUAGUUUGUACAGUAUAAAAACCAUUAUGUCUACGGAAAGUCCUCAUAAUGAUAGGUAGACCAACAUGUGUGUGUGUGUGUGUGUGAGACACCAUCAGCACUCGGACACUUUACUGUGUGUGUAUCACUCCGCUUGUGUUUGUGCAGUUCUAAACUAAGUGUAAGAGCAGUGCAUAUGUGUUAAGAGCUACUGUUUGUCCUUUUUUUUUUUAAAUCACAUAUGUUAGCCAGCAGGUGGUGGCAAAAUAUAAUAUUUGUGUGUAUUAUAAGCCAGUUAGGUGAAUUGAAGUAAAUCCGCAUCAGCCAGUGUCUAUAAAACAGCUCUUCAUGAUCGCUUGUCUAAACUACACUUCUAAAGCUAGGAAAUAUCUUUAAAUGGCUUUAAAUGAACAACUUCAGCAUUACGGCUCAUCACAGGCGAGACACAAAACAGACUGAUUAAUUACACAAUAGGUGCAGUUUAAAAUGGAGGAGGACAUUGCAGUUUCUAUAGUGAUCGACUCUUGAGCACCGGCUACCUCAAAAUAUGGAGAAAUACUCCCGCUUGGAUGCUAUUUUCCACUGAAAAAGCUGAUCUUCAGAAAGCUGACAGCAUCUCUGCUUGGGUGUGGCAACAGGGGAUCACACACACUCGGUCUCUCUCUCUCACUCUCUCUUUCUCUCUCACACACACACACACAUACAUCCUUGUUUAUCCAAUGACUUGUUAGAAACAGCACAAGCUGUGAUACUAUUUCUGAAGUGACAUUUUUGAAUUAAUAACGAAGGCUUGGAUGUAUCAUUUGGUUUGAAUCAGCAAUGACAGAUUCUGAUCCAUCGCGUAAGAACGUAGUUCAGGCACAAAUGUGUUUUUAUGACUGUACUCAAUUUUUCCUAAUUUUUUUAAUGUACUUGUUCAUUAAACUGUUGUAUAUAAGAAAUAUCACACUCGCAAUCAUGCUACAUGUGCUAUAUGGCAUAUAGUUGUUUCCAAUUUCCAGUAUAUUUUUUCAGGAACCAACUAAAAUUAUUUUAACUUUUUCACUUACUUAUAAAAACUGCCUGUAUGUAUUUAUUCAUGUUAAUAAAACUUACCUGUUUUAAAGUUGUAAUAAGCGCAAUUGUUAUUAUCUAUACUGAUAAAGAAUAUAUACUGACAAAGGACAUGGCCGGCCCCAUACUGAAUGGGGUCAGGAUUUGGGGACUGAUAUGACAAUGCAUUUACACAUCAUUCUCAUGUUGAUUAGACUGUUCAGUGGCUGUUCAUGACCUGUGAAUGAUUGCAAUGUCAUCCUAAAAAGAAUAGAAUAAAAGAAUGGCCCAUUAUUUUAUAAAAGCAA